AUGCCGCAAGGAAAGAAGAACAAAGGAGGACGAGGUCGCAACAACAAAAAGAAGAAGGGAGCAGGUCAUGGAAAGAAUUCUCGUCAAAGACCUGGUGCAGCUCGAACUCCAGCUCGUACACUGCCUUCUGGCGAUUUGCCUCUGCGACCCGAACAUGCCUUGGAGGGGUCUGCACCCAACUACCAAGCCUUUAUGCAAGGUGAAAAAACCCUCCAUGAGAACUAUCCAACCAUUUACUCUAGGUACAAGGCUGCGACCAAACGAGUCUUCAAAUACAUGCAAGACAAUACCCCAGAGAGUCUUCAUGGCAACAGAAUGACUGUCAAUUCGUUGAUGGCGGCAGCUGAUUGGAUGGAAGAAAACAAUUUCACAGUGGAUCCUGCCAUAUUGAAGGAUUUGAAGCUUUCUAUUCGAGUCCGAUCCAGAGUUGCUAGAGCGAUAUUUGGAGGUGGUGACUCGGGACACAAGCAUCUUUUGACAGUUUUGGUGUAUUGUUGGGGUGUUAUGGUUUCACUGCAAAGGGCAGCCACAAAGCCCAAGGGAAUUGAACAAGAGGCGCAAGAAAAUCUAUCAUUGGCAGACGAAGAUGUCACCGCAUCUAGAAAUCGCUUUGAAGCUCUCAACGAUGAAGACAUGGACGACGAAGAGACUGACGAAACCCACUUCCCAUCGAAACGAGUGCCUCGUCCGGAAACAGAACCAGAACCAAUGUCGCUAGAAGAACUCAUCGAAUCAGAUGAUCGAUAUGACAUCACCUUGUUCUUGCUUUCUAUGAAUGAACUAAUGGGUGCAGUGUCGCAGCAGUUUGGAGCAGUUGGAAGACAAGUGGUUCUGAAUGCACAAGAGGACGUUCCAGGUACUGCAAUUGUGGAAGGUUUGAUUGAAGCAGCGACCGGAACUAAUAUGGCCAUCCAACAAAUGCAACGACUCGAAAUGGACUUUGAAUCCCAGCAUCCGCACCUUUCGACUCCGUAUCGGGUCUUGUCGACAUUUGUUCUCCCCGAGGUCAUUGAAGAAAUCACCAAGACUGUUCGGACGCAUGGCCAGAAACGAUGUUCGGAAAAGGAAGUAUCCAUCUUCUUGGGCGAUUGUCUGGAAUGUAGUUUUCGAUCGAGGUCUGAUCCAGAAAACAAAAGCGAAGUGAUCGUACAAGAGUUUUGCAACCAAUACCAAAUCAGCAAUGAAGGCACAAAGGACAUCGAGAACGUUUUCCUUGGGCUUGCGAACCUCUUUAUCAUGGAGAUUCCUGUAGGACAAGAAGUGGACAUGAACACGUGGAUGGUAAAGGAAUUCAAGAGUCAUGAUCCAAACUUUGGAUCUCACCGUUGGAUUCCACAAUAUAUGAAUUUCAUUGGAGGUGACCGUGCCAUUCACCACACGUUGAGGCUGCUACAAAGUUUUGGCACAGUAGUCAAGAAUACGAGAAAUGACGAACAAGUCUUGGCUCGAAAGGGAUUCUUUGGAACGUCCCCGUGGGAAUCGGGGAGAUCGAGUAAAAUCCAUAACGAUCUUGAUGAGUUGCUCAUGGCUGAUAUUCUGCCGCAGUGGUUUCUACUUUGUCGCAACGGCAUUUUAGGCAAGGCCCAUCUGCCAAGGCAGAACGAGAUUAGUCCACUAUGGGUCUGCAUGAAGAAUUUUUUUGACAAUCCAACAAGGCCAGUGAGCUGGUCAUGCCUCUUUGCGGUACACGCAAUACUGACGGCUGUCUUGGAGACGGACAAGGUGGAAUCAACUAUCACACUCUGUAGUCAAGCCGCCUUUGAAGCCUUCUUCUGGCAGCUUGACAAAGCCGCUGAUGUCAAGAAGACAGAAGUGGAUGCAGUUGAAAGUCCAUCCUACAAGACGAACAUGGCACUUGCCAAGUUCUUGAAGAAUUUUGGUCUUCCGGUCUUUGGUGACCGUGCAGUAUGGAACCCACUGUGCGGUGGUACACUAUUUUCUUACAUUGCUUUGUUCGGAAAUCUUGAAGCUGGCUGUUGCUUGAUUGACGAUCGUGCCCAGCUGAGAAUGGUGCUUCAUUUGUAUCAUUCUUUGAUCGUGAACGAUAUUCUUGAAAGGGGUAAAAUCCCUUUACUUGACAUCCUGUUCGAUACAUUCAAGAAUAGUCGCGGCAUUUGGGAAGGCCCAUUGCCCAAGAAGGGUCAAUUCGUAGAACGAUUCUGGGUAUCGUUUGGAUCCAAUAGGCCACAUGCCGCAGACAUGGCUAAGAAAUCACGGGAGAUACUGCAAACUUUGGCAAGCAGCAAUCAAAAGAAUCCGUUUGGAAAUUACCGGUCAGAUCGACGCAAGCUGAGCCCUAUCGAACCAUCAGAACUUGCUACGAGCUUCCGGCGGAUUUGCAACCGCGACUUUCACGACGUCGUUGACACGUAUCACACGCCAGAACAACGUCAGCACAGUCGUGGCUCGGACCAUUAUACUUUUGCGAUUCAGAUGAACGAUACCCUUGAUAGGAUAGACGAAGAGCAGCAACUGUAUUCUCUGAACUUGCCCGCUUUGGGUGUAUACCUCGAGCAAUUUAUCUGCAGCUUGUCACGUAUUUUCCAAUGGGAUCCUAUCUUGGUCUCCGCUCAAGCACAACAUGCAGCUCUCGGGCAAGACAAACGGCAAGGGGUGGCAUACAUGUUUGCCCAGUAUCUACUUGGAGCUCUCGAUUUUGGAACCGACCCUUUGAAUAUGAGAUUCUUUGAUGUUCCACAAGGUCUUGUAUCUUCAGAAUUCAUGUCCAUCUUUUUCAACAAAAUUGACAUAAGUCAAGUCAUUUGGUUUCAAGCAAUUCAGGAAGAAGACUAG